UGGGAGGGGAUGUCCUCAGAUGCCCUCCACCCGGCAGUCCCCGCUCUGACGUGGGUGCCCCCCCUCUCCCCGCCCGGAUUAGUGGCAGCUUGGCCUGACUCUCCGGGGCUCCUUCCCCCGCCCUGCCUGCUGCCCACCCCUGGGCAGGGGGCUACUCUGCCUGAGGGGCACUGUGCUUGCCCAGGGUGCUGGAGGAGGAAACCGGCGGAGCAGCUUCCCCACUCUCAGUUGCGCGUCUGGCGAUGGCGAUCAGAGGUCCUGCUGCGCUCUCCGCUGCGCUCUCCCUCCAUUAGCCGCGCUACGCGGUGCUGCGCCCUCGCUGGUGCCUCGCUCCUGGCUCACAGGAUCGGCCCCCCACUUCCAGGCACGACCCCCUUCCCCGGCCCCUCGGCCUUUCCCCCCACUCAGCCAUCUCCGACCCGGGGCGCGCGUUCCCCCCGGCCCGGCUUCUUCUCUCCCUCCGGGGACACCCGCUCCCUAGCCCCGGUUCGACCCUCCCCAAAGCGCAGCACGGAGUCUCGGCGUCCCAUGGCGCAACCUACAGCCUCGGCCCAGAAGCUGGUGCGGCCCAUCCGCGCCGUGUGCCGCAUCCUGCAAAUCCCGGAGUCCGACCCCUCCAACCUGCGGCCCUAG